AUGCCUGCUACAGUGCAGGAGCAGGGGAGUAGUAUCGAACUGAGGAUCGUGCUGGUGGGAAAGACUAGAGUGGGGAAAAGUGCCACCGGAAACACUAUCCUGCAAAAAGAAGCAUUCAAAUCUGAGUUGUCUAGCUCAUCUGUGACCUCAGACUGUGACAAAGCCGAAGCAAAUAUAAAUGGAAGAAAUGUUGCAGUAAUUGACACUCCGGGCCUUUUUGACACCAGAUUUUCAAAUGAAGAAAUUAUAGAAAGGAUUAAGAAAUGCAUGUCCUUGUGUGCCCCGGGCCCUUAUGUUAUUCUAGUGGUUCUCCAACUGGGAAGAUUCACAAAAGAAGAAAAAGAAACUGUGGAAAUAAUCAAAGAGAUUUUUGGAGAAGGUUCUGCACAUUAUAUUAUGGUGCUCUUCACACAUGGACGUGGGCUGGAGAAAAGCAAGAAGAAUAUUCAUGACUUUGUUCAUGAAAGUCCUGAGCUGGAGAAAUUUACUCAAACCACCAGUGGACAAUAUCAUGUGUUCAGCAAUGAGGACACAGAUUCAAAACAGGUCGACAUCCUGCUCGAACAGAUUGAUCAGCUGAUUAUCAAAAAGGGUGGAAAGCACUACACUAAUAAAAUACUGCAAGAGGCUGAAGAAGCAAUUAAAGAGGAACAGUUAAGACUUCAAAACGAAACACAUAUGGAUGAAAAGCAGGCCAGAGAGAAAGCAGAAAGAAGUAAUAACUUCCUUAAAACUGGUGCUGGUAUUGCAACGGCUAUGAGUGUAACAGCUCUUGGAGCAAAAGAACCUCUGAGGCUGGUGGUGCUCGGGCUUCAGGGUGUGGGGAAAAGUGCAACAGGUAACACCAUCCUGGGCAAUGAAGAGUUUCAAUCAGACAUCAGCUCCAGUGUUACACUGCAGACUGAAAGCAGGGAAGGUCUGGUAUGUGAUAGAAAUGUGAUGGUGGUGGACACUCCAGGCCUCUUCAACAGCACACUCUCAGACACAGAGGUGAAACAGGAGAUAAGGAAAGCUCUGACCUUCUGCCAUCCAGGACCCAAUGCCUUUCUUAUUGUUAUCCAGCUGGGACGCUUUACAGAGCAAGAGGGAAGUGUGAUGGACAGGCUGACCGAAAUUUUGGACUCAAAGUUUAAUCAGUACUCCAUGGUGCUGUUUACUUAUGGAGACAAACUGAAGAACAAAACAAUAGAUCAGUUUGUGACAGAAGACAAAAACCUGCUGAAACUCGUCAGCAAAUGUGAGGGACGGUACCAUGUGUUCAAUAAUGCUGAUGCAGAAAAUAAAGAUCAGGUUAGCAAGCUCUUAGAGAAAAUAGACCGCAUGAUCACAGGAAGAAAAAAACAGCCAUUUUAUGUAAAGGGUGGGAAAAAAUGCCAGUAUCCAUGGAUAUACAUUGCUGUGCCGGUUUUAACAUUAUUAGCAAUUACAAUGUUAUAUACAAAGAAGCAAGUACCAGCAGAUGAGAUGACUGAGAAUGGGAGUGUAUUUAACUGGAAAACUCUCAUUCCCAUAGCUAUAGUGUUUGGGACAGGCUGGUGUAUCCUGAGGAAAUUACAGAAAUAACUCUUGCAAUGAAAUUAUUGUAAAAGUCUAAAUGUUAAUGAAAUUAAAAUUAACUUUGAUUAAAUAUAAAUAUAAAAAAUAACAGAUUUUUAAAAAUGAUUAUUCAAAACCUCUUCUUAUACACUAUAAUCUCACUAAUUUAGA